GCCUUUCCAGCAGGGGGUGUGCUGCGGGCUCCUCUUCCUCCUGCUGGAGUAUACAGAGGCCAAAAAGCAAUGCUGGUACUUCGAAGGAGUGUAUCCCAUAUAUUAUUUAUGCCGUUCCUAUGAAGACUGCUGUGGCUCAAGGUGCUGUGUAAGGACUCUGUCUAUUCAGCGACUAUGGUACUUUUGGUUCCUUCUGAUGAUGGGAGUCCUGUUUUGUUGCGGGGCAGGGUUUUUUAUCCGAAGGCGGAUGUAUCCUCCACCGCUGGUUGACGAAACAACUUACAACGUCUCAUACACUCGGCCGCCCAACAGCAGUGCUGCAGGGAACAUGCCCUACUACGCUGAGCCAGAAGGAGCGGUGAUGAAUCCCAUGGCUAUGGCUUACCACGUCCAACCGAAGUCUCCACAAAUGAACCCCAUUUACCCGCCUCCCCCAUCAUACUGCAACACGCCACCCCCACCGUACGAGCAGGCUGUGAAAUCUUCCACAUAACCUCUCUGCUGAAGCAGAAGCUGACUUUGUCAGAACAGGGAAGGAUUGGGAGCAGUGGAAGAUUCCGGAAUGCUCCGGCCUCCUUUGCCUGCCUCUAGCUUGGCAUUCUUUGGACAGGAGCUGCGGCUUUGUGGCAAAGAGCGAUUCUCUAAUGACGCCUUCAGAACCAGAGCCAAGUCUUUUAAAAUGCUUUUCCCCCCUCCCUUCUCGGAAGCCUAUAUUUAAAUACCUUCUAUGCUUUCCUUUUUAUUUAUUCUAUUUGUGGAUCCCAAGGCGUAUUUUAAGACGUCGUCAUGGCACGGUAUGGUAGUAAGCACAAAACGAUGUAAAAGCCAAAUGUAGUAUUUGAAGUAGAUGGUGAGGUGGAGAGAGAGCGGACAUGCAAUGGACAGCUCGAGCCAGUUGAAACUGGUCAAGGCAACAAGCUGUAUUGGUUACCAAGUUCAUAAGGAGAGAUUGGAUGGAGCGAACCCUGAGGGAUUCUGGGGGAAAUGACUGGUCGACCAAGGCUUCCACGUUUCACUUUCAGAAACCUUGAGAGUAACAGGGCUAUGCCUUAUGUACUCCAGCCCACGUUUCCUUUUUGGUCAUGGUUGCCAAGAAUAAGUACUUAGAAAAGUACUGUGAAUGAUGUGGACGUUGCAGCAAACUGCUGACGUGCAUGGAAAAGGAAAAGUUUCAUGACCAACACCGACGCUGCCAUGCAGAGCUGCAAAACCUUGGUCACCUGAAAGGGGGGGGGGGGGAAUUCUCCCCUAAAGUGAAUAUUAAAGAAAUUAAAAGACAGUAAAA